AGCAGAAUUACUAGGUGACAAUUUGCUGGUUGUAGCAUAAGCAGAGGGACUCAAAGACACAAAACAGUCUUUAAGAUGUUGGCCUGGUUGGUGCUCACUUUAGCUAUCAUUACUGGAGCAUCAGAGAGCAGCAACAACACAGCAGCUGAAGAAAGGCUUGUCAUAGCUCGAGGUAAACUGAUGGCUCCCAGUGUGGUUGGAUGAUCCAUAAAGAAAAUGCCUGAGCUCUAUAAGUUUCUCAUGGAGCGAUGGGCUUUAUACCAUAACUUAGAGUAUGACUCAUCAGAGGAGAAGAAUCCCCGUCUUAUAUUUUACAAUGAAAACGACGAGGUGGUAAAGACUGUCCCUGUGAAGAAGAUGAAGGCGGACGAGAUCAGCAGCUUGUUGGAGUCUCUGGGGUUCUAUAAGAGGUCCCAAAAAGGGGAAGAAGUGCCAGAGGAGUUUAAGAACUUCCCCCUGCACGCCCCAAGGGACGAGCUGUGAUGACCCCUUGUGGCCAAACUUUGCGACUGCAACCCAGUAGCAUUAAUGACAAGUGGGGUUAAAAGGCUGAACUGUUGAGUCAGGCCCCAUUUUGAGGACUUGCUGGUUGGGUGCAGCGCAGAGAGUAUUGGGCAUAUUUGUGGCACACUGUCUAUUCACACCUUUUAAUAAAAUUUAUUAAAAAAACAAA